AAUGGUGUAACUCUUCAAACGCAAAGUCAAGAAUCCACAGAAAGCAACAGCUUGGGAGUGGUACAUUCUAAAACGCCCCCGAACACGCCUGACCCAAUCACCGCCCCCAACCCAGAAAACAGGUGGGUGCUGCUACUGUGACAUAACCUCUACUCUAAACUAAUGACCCCUACGACUCAGUAACCUGGAUGUCAGUGGAGUCAUUAGCAUGAUUUACAGUGGGGGAAAAAAGUAUUUAGUCAGCCACCAAUUGUGCAAGUUCUCCCACUUAAAAAGAUGAGAGAGGCCUGUAAUUUUCAUCAUAGGUACACGUCAACUAUGACAGACAAAAUGAGAUUUUUUUUCUCCUGAAAAUCACAUUGUAGGAUUUUUAAUGAAUUUAUUUGCAAAUUAUGGUGGAAAAUAAGUAUUUGGUCAAUAACAAAAGUUUCUCAAUACUUUGUUAUAUACCCUUUGUUGGCAAUGACACAGGUCAAACGUUUUCUAUAAGUCUUCACAAGGUUUUCACAAACUGUUGCUGGUAUUUUGGCCCAUUCCUCCAUGCAGAUCUCCUCUAGAGCAGUGAUGUUUUGGGGCUGUCGCUGGGCAACACAGACUUUCAACUCCCUCCAAAGAUUUUCUAUGGGGUUGAGAUCUGGAGACUGGCUAGGCCACUCCAGGACCUUGAAAUGCUUCUUACGAAGCCACUCCUUCGUUGCCCAGGCGGUGUGUUUGGGAUCAUUGUCAUGCUGAAAGACCCAGCCACGUUUCAUCUUCAAUGGAAGGAGGUUUUCACUCAAAAUCUCACGAUACAUGGCCCCAUUCAUUCUUUCCUUUACACGGAUCAGUCGUCCUGGUCCCUUUGCAGAAAAACAGCCCCAAAGCAUGAUGUUUCCACCCCCAUGCUUCACUGUAGGUAUGGUGUUCUUUGGAUGCAACUCAGCAUUCUUUGUCCUCCAAACACGACGAGUUGAGUUUUUACCAAAAAGUUCUAUUUUGGUUUCAUCUGACCAUAUGACAUUCUCCCAAUCCUCUUCUGGAUCAUCCAAAUGCACUCUAGCAAACUUCAGACGGGCCUGGACAUGUACUGGCUUAAGAUGGGGGACACGUCUGGCACUGCAGGAUUUGAGUCCCUGGCGGCGUAGUGUGUUACUGAUGGUAGGCUUUGUUACUUUGGUCCCAGCUCUCUGCAGGUCAUUCACUAGGUCCCCCCGUGUGGUUCUGGGAUUUUUGCUCACCGUUCUUGUGAUCAUUUUGACCCCACGGGGUGAGAUCUUGCGUGGAGCCCCAGAUUUACAUUUACGUCAUUUAGCAGACGCUCUUAUCCAGAGCGACUUACAUAUCGAGGGAGAUAAUCAGUGGUCAUGUAUGUCUUCCAUUUCCUAAUAAUUGCUCCCACAGUUGAUUUCUUCAAACCAAGCUGCUUACCUAUUGCAGAUUCAGUCUUCCCAAACUGGUGCGGGUCUACAAUUUUGUUUCUGGUGUCCUUUGACAGCUCUUUGGUCUUGGCCAUAGUGGAGUUUGGAGUGUGACUGUUUGAGGUUGUGGACAGGUGUCUUUUAUACUGAUAACAAGUUCAAGCAGGUGCCAUUAAUACAGGUAACGAGUGGAGGACAGAGGAGCCUCUUAAAGAAGAAGUUACAGGUCUGUGAGAGCCAGAAAUCUUGCUUGUUUGUAGGUGACCAAAUACUUAUUUUCCACGAUAACUUGCUAAUAAAUUCAUUAAAAAAUCCUACAAUGUGAUUUUCUUGAAAAAAAAUGUUCAAUUUGUCUGUCAUAGUUGACGUGUACCUAUGAUGAAAAUUACAGGCCUCUCUCAUCUUUUUAAGUGGGAGAACUUGCACAAUUGGUGGCUGACUAAAUACUUUUUUCCCCCACUGUAUACAAGCGCAGGUGAGCCGGUGAUGUUGGAGUCAUCAAGCCAUGGCCAGUUGAAAACGUAUGAUGGAGCAGCUGCAUCGGGCACAGAGCUCAAAGCCUUGGGCCAAAUUAAAAGUUAUGCCGCCUGGUGAGAAUAUCCCUGGCCUUAUGUCCUUUAAAAAAACUAACCCUAGCCCCUUACCCCCUAGACAGGAUUUUACUUGUAUUAAGUAAUAUGGUCAUAGCUACACCUUGCUCCCUUGCAAACUAUGAAAUGUUUUGCUAAGGCGUGGGGAUAGUCUUCAUUGUUUUGGCAUUUUAUUAAUUCCAUUGCAUGUUUUUGUUCUUAGGCAUCCUUCAUGGGGGAAAACAUGAUCCUUGUGUGGAGUCUUCUGGCUCCAGGGCAGGAGCAGUCUUUCUCUUUCUCUUUCUCCUUGUUCUCCCUCUCGCUCUUUCUCUGUGGAUCUCUCCCUCACUCUCUGCAUCUAUCCAUUCUCCCCCUUCCCUCCCCUUUUACAGCGACCUUGGGCAUAGUUUGAUAACAAGUUUCCUCCACAGGAAAUCCGCAGAGUAUUUCCUGUGUCCCCUGCUCGCUGUCCUCUGAUAUCAUCAGGAAGAGAUAGACGCUCAGAUCAUGCUCGCCCUCCUGAUCCAGUCCCGUCAACAUAAUAUGGAUACCAGUUUAGCAGAUGAGUACAUGGUAGACAGUUUGUGAUGCUAUUUUGGGAACAUACGACUACACCACCACCUUGAGAGGGAGUCGGCGGAGAAGUCAGUGGACACAGCAAUUACAGUAGCCGAGAAAUGGGGUCAAAGGGUAUCGAAUGUCACAAGUGUAAUGACUCUUGAAGUAGCCAAGACAUGGACCCAGAUGUUUCACUUUUGGGUGUCUAAUGGCUUGUUGAAUAGUGUGAAUAGGGAAGCAAGGAAAUAGGGAAGCAAGAAAAUGCUGCCUACCGAAUAAUCACUGCACCGAAAUCAGACUAUUGUGCUGUAAUGUUACACCACUGAUAUACCCAUAUCGAUAGCACUUUACAUUACAGAGUGCAGUAAAGGGCUAAUAUUAUGGUAAUAUAGUGGUAAUAGAUAUGUAAUGCUACCAUGUUAUCACCAUGGUACCACUUUAUUCAUUGCUGUAAUGUAAAGUGCUACCCAAAUAUCUUAUCCCUCUGGUGGUGUGGGUCUGUCUGACGGACUGGCUUGAGAUCAUGACACGAACAUGAGAAGAUGCGGUUGUUUCACAUUUGGAACAAUGCUUCAAACAUGGAGUCAAAGCUUUGUCUCUAGCCUUGUUGUCUAUAUCUACCAUGCCUUAACCCCAUGUCACUUAUACAAUGAUCUCGCUCUUAUCACCCCCAACCCCCAGUGUUUCCUGCAGUGCGGCAGUCACAGUACAUUUCCCACAACACAUUGGAGCAGCCAAAUGCUGCCAAAUGCGCAGCCAUGCACGUGAACACUUUCCGUGGCCCGAGUAAAUCUUGUGGUUUGCGUUUGUGAAGGAAGUUCCCCAAAAAAACAGCAGAACUUCCCCUUAGGGGACAAUGUUUGGUCUUUCUCAUUUCCUCCUUGGGAAAACAUCAACUCAGGAAAAGGGUUUGUUCGUUGUAAAUGGAUUGGACGUGACACAGCAACACCCAACGUUACGUAACACAUGUGCUCGCCAGGCACCCCUGGCGAAGAACACUCGUUUUGAAGGAUACUUAUUUGAUAGGCCUUCCCUGUCACCCUUACACUACACAGUAAAAAUGUCCUUCAUGUUGGUUCACUGCGAAACUUAACCAUAUUUUUGACCAUACAGGGAGGACCCAUGCAGUGCUGCACAGGGUUUAUAUUGAGGUUUGUGUUGGACAAAAAUCAGGUUGGGAGUACUGUAUUUGAUCUGAUAGAUGCCUCAAACGUCAUUGUGAAAUCAUUACACCAUCUCUCUGUUAUGCAGUUUCUCACUGCCUCUCUUUCUUCCCUAUUUCUAUGUCUAGCUCUCCCUCCCCACCUCUCCCUUUCAUUCUUCCUCUCCCGCUCUCAACUUCUACCAAUUUGACAAACUUUAACCGAAGCAAGGUUAUGUGGAGUCUCAGGGCCCUUACACCAGAUUCUCUCUCCCCCUCUUUCGCCCAGGUUAUGGUGGACUUCUAAAAGAAAUGGAACCAGAGAAGUUCAACAGCACAUGCCUCCCCAAGUCCUACCACUCCCCCUGGGACCAGGCCAUCUACCUCCACGACCCCUCCCUGGCCAAUAGCCUUGCCACCCGCCUGCCAGAGCCAGAGGCCAAGCCUGAAGGACCAGGGUACAAGAGCUUCAACAGGUAUGGCUGAUGAUGGACCUGUCCAGGACCACACCUAGGUUGAAAUAGUACUUGUCGUGCCGGAGUUGGGCGUAGCGGUAACACUCCUGACCCUAGACAAAUUAUGCCCCCACGGCAAUGGAGGUUUAAGCCUUGGCUCAGCUGACAGAGCUGACUGAGGGACGGCUGGUAGCCUAGCGCAGUGGUUCCCAAACUGUGUGGCGCGUGAGGGGUCCCCCCCAAAAAAGAGACGCUAGAGGCAGACAAACAUGAUGGCCACUUAUCUUCAUAACAAGACCAGAAAGUAACUCCAUGAUAUUCAUAUGAAUAGUAGUAAGGACCAUAUACACUACCAGUCAAAAGUUUUAGAACACCUACUCAUUCAAGGGUUUUUCUUUAUUUUUACAAAUUUUUACAUUGUAGAAUAAUAGUGAAGACAUCAAAACUAUUAAAUAACACAUAUGGAUUCAUGUAGUAACCAAAAAAGUGUUAAACAAAUCAAAAUAAUUUGAGAUUCUUCAAAUUGCCACCCUUUGCCUUGAUGACUGCUUUGCACACUUUUGGCAUUCUCUCAACCAGCUUCAUGAGAUAGUCACCUGGAAUGCAUUUCAAUUAACAGGCGUGCCUUAAAAAGUUAAUUUGUGGAAUUUAUUUCCCUCUUAAUGCGUUUGAGCCAAUCAGUUGUGUUGUGACAAGGUGUGUGGGGGGGGUGGGGGUAUACAGUAGAUAGCCCUAUUUGGUAAAAGACCAAGUCCAUAUUAUGGCAAGAACAGCUCAAAUAAGCAAAGAGAAACGACGGUCCAUCAUUACUUUAAGACACGAAGGUCAGUCAAUACAGAACAUUUCAAGAACUUUGAAAGUGUCUUCAAGUGCAGUCACAAAAACCAUCAAGUGCUAUGAUGAAACUAGCUCUCAUGAGGACCGCUACAGGAAUGGAAGACCCAGAGUUACCUCUGCUGCAGGGGAUAAGUUCAUUACAGUUACCAGCCUCAGAAAUUGCAGUCCAAAUAAAUGCUUCACAGAGUUCAAGUAACAGACACAACUCAACAUCAACUGUUCAGAGGGGACUGUGUUAAAUCAGGCCUUCAUGGUCAAAUUGCUGCAAAUAAACCACUACUAAAGGACACCAAUAAGAAGAAGGGACUUGCUUGGGCCAAGAAACACAAGCAAUGGACAUUCGACCGGUGGAAAUGUGUCCUUUGGUCUGGAGUCCAAAUUUGAGAUUUUUGGUUCCAACCGCCGUGUCUUUGUGAGAUGCGGUGUGGGUGAACGGAUGAUCUCCGCAUGUGUAUUUCCCAACGUAAAGCAUGGAGGAGGAGUUGUUAUGGUGUGGGGGUGCUUUGCUGGUGACACUGUCUGUGAUUCAUAUAGAAUUCAACGCACACUUAACCAGCAUGGCUACUACAGCAUUCUGCAGCGAUACGCCAUCCCAUCUGGUUUGAGAUUAGUAGACUAUCAUUUGUUUUUCAACAGGACAAUAACUCAACACACCUCCAGGCUGUGUAAGGGCUAUUUUACCAAGAAGGAGAGUGAUGGAGUGCUGCAUCAGAUGUCCUGGCCUCCACAAUCCCCCAACCUCAACCCAAUUGAGAUGGUUUGGAAUGAGUCGGACCGCAGAGUGAAGGAAAAGCAGCCAACAAGUGCUCAGCAUAUUUGGGAACUCCUUCAAGACUUUUGGAAAAGCAUUCCAGGUGAAGCUGGUUGAGAGAAUGCCAAGAGUGUGCAAAGGUGUCAUCAAGGCAAAUGGUGGCUAUUUGAAGAAUCUCAAAUAUAAAAUAUAUUUUGAUUUGUUACUACAUGAUUCCAUAUGUGUUAUUUCAUAGUUUUGAUGUCUUCACUAUUAUUCUACAAUGUAGAAAAUAGUAAAAAUAAAGAAAAACCCUUGAAUGAGUAGGUGUGUCCAAACUUUUGACUAGUAUUCCUUUAUAUGAGUCACAACAUGUCAACAGCACAUGUCCUCCAGCCAGAGGCUUAUACUCUUUGAUGAGAUGACUCAGUCAAUCUGUCACUUCCCGUCUGCCUCGUUAGUGGCUCAAGGCUAAUAUUAACAUUGUCAAUCCUCUAUCCAUCUCCAGGUUGGCUACCCCAUUCGGUGGCAAGUCCACCAGACCGGCUCCGUUGUUCAAGGUCCCCGAGAUGGAACACAACCCCAUGCCAGAGCUGUACCCAGAGCCCUAG